AUAACACACCCCAGCAUGUCCCUUUCUCUCUCCAUACCCCCAACUCUCUCUCCUCUUUCCCUCCCUCCUCACCGCCCCUGCCCCUGCCCUGCUCCUCCUCCUCCUCCUCCUUGUUGUUCGGUUCCCUCCGCGAGAUCCAGACCCAUUAGCCUGUUCGCUCGGCCCGCGAAGCCAGAGGGUUGGGGGAGCAGCAGCAGCAGCAGCAGCAGCGGCAGCCGGAGGAGGAGGAGGAGGAGAGAGGUUCUUGCCAGGAUGACCAUCAGCGAGCUCAGGAACGAGGAGGAGGAGGAGGACAAGGAGGAGGAGGAGGAGGAGGAGGAGGAGGAGGUCCCCCCUCCUUUGCUCGAUUCGGAGAACAACUCGAGGCCUCGCCGGAUUGCGCUCUUCGUCGAGCCUUCCCCUUUCGCAUAUGUAUCAGGCUACAAAAAUCGGUUUCAGAAUUUUAUCAAGUAUUUGCGUGAAAUGGGAGAUGAGGUGAUGGUUGUGACUACACAUGAAGGAGUACCUGAUGAAUUUUAUGGGGCUAAGUUGAUCGGAUCACGGAGCUUUCCUUGUCCUUGGUAUCAGAAGGUUCCUCUUUCCCUGGCCCUCAGUCCUAGAAUAAUUUCAGAGGUUGCGAAAUUCAAGCCAGACAUCAUCCAUGCAUCGUCACCUGGCAUAAUGGUAUUUGGUGCGCUUGCCAUUGCAAAAAUGUUAUGUGUUCCCAUAGUUAUGUCUUACCAUACUCAUGUCCCAGUUUACAUACCAAGGUACACAUUUAGUUGGCUGGUGCAACCCAUGUGGCUGGUAAUAAAAUUUCUUCACAGAGCAGCUGAUCUGACUUUGGUGCCAUCGGCUGCAUUAGGGAAGGAACUCCAAGCUUACAGAGUCACGACAGCAAACAAGAUCCGACUUUGGAAUAAGGGUGUUGAUUCGGAAAGCUUCCACCCUCGUUUCCGUUCUCAAGAAAUGCGAUAUAGACUGAGCAACGGUGAACCUGAGAAACCAUUGAUAGUUCAUGUUGGAAGACUUGGGGUUGAGAAGAGCUUGGAUUUUCUUAAAAGGGUGAUGGACAGGCUCCCUGAUGCACGGAUUGCUUUCAUUGGUGAUGGACCCUACAGGGAGGAACUGGAAAGGAUGUUCUCUGGGAUGCCGGCAGUAUUCACCGGGAUGCUACAAGGUGAAGAGCUAUCCCAGGCGUAUGCAAGUGGCGACGUAUUCAUGAUGCCUUCGGAAUCCGAGACGCUUGGCCUCGUUGUUCUGGAGGCCAUGUCCUCGGGUCUUCCUGUGGUGGCGGCUCGCGCCGGAGGGGUCCCGGACAUCAUCCCUCCGGAACAGGAUGGGAAAACCAGUUUCCUCUUCAAUCCUGGAGACCUAGAUGACUGCUUGAGCAAACUCGAGCCUCUUCUGCAGAACUGUGAGUUGAGAGAAACCAUCGGUAAGGCUGCUCGUAAGGAGAUGGAACAGUACGAUUGGAGGGCGGCCACACGCAAAAUCCGCAACGAGCAAUACAAUGCGGCCAUCUGGUUUUGGCGCAAGAAGAGGGCGCAGCUGCUCAGGCCAAUUCAGUGGCUAGCGAAACGGCUCUUUCCGUCGCCGGAAGCGACGUACAGGUGAUGAUGAUGACCGCGAUGAUGCCUCAGUUGUAACGUUUGCAUUUGUGACACUCUGAAGAAGGCAUUUGAUCUGUCUGGUGAUGUAUCCGUAGUGUCCUUUUGUUUGGGAUAUGUUCAUUUGUUGUAUAAUGGGGGGGGGGGGGGGCGACCAUAAAGUCGUGGUCAUUUGUGACAUCAAAAUUUAUCAACAAGGAUGUCAUCUCAGUUUGCAA